CCCCCCCCCCCCCCCACCUCAUGUGUAAGCUCCCACACCCCCGGGCCCGAACCAGACGGCUGGGACAGACACCGGCCUUGCCGGCAGAGCAUGGCUUUUCCAGACAAACUCAUACACACGGAAGAUGAGUGUACGGCCGACGCUCUCCAACCCCAAAACCACCCGUCCGCCGCCGCCACCCUCCGCCAGCUCUCUCGGGCGGCAGGAUCCGCCCUUAGAGGGGGGGGGACUUCCCCUACAUACCUUGCACGGCAGGACCUGAGACCAGCAGCUCACAGGGCAGGCAUCCCAUUGGCCGCCCGGCCAGCUUCUGCAGACACAUUCGCCGCUGCAGACACAUUCGCCGACAUAUCUACGUACAUCCAUACACAAGUACACACACAAGACACUUGUCCGACCCGGCCCAACGUUGCCUCACGCCACCACGCAGGCAGCAGUAGUUACUCGGUACAGCACAGCACAGCACAGCACAGCACAGCAGAGCACCGCGACGCGCAGGGACGAUCGUCUGCCCUGAAAACGGAAAAGAAAGAUCCUGUCAGACGCCAAAGCGCGGUGAGGCGAGCAGGGCGGAACGAAUCCGCGGGAGGGAGGGAGGGUGUAGUCUGUUUUUUGCUGUUGCUAUUCGGCGGGCCAGCAGAGAGAGAGAGAAAAGGCCCGAGUCGAGUCCUACGUGUAGGACGUGACGCUGCUGCUGCUGCUGCUGCUGCUGUCGCUACUGUCGCUACUACUGGAGGAGGAAGAGGAGGGGAGGAGGAUUACACUUACACUGCCUCGCGGGCGGCGUGGGCCGAUCUGAGUCCGGCUGGUUGCGUGCGGUGGUUGGAGAUUUUGAGAUUUGGUGUCCCCCCACGCCCACCCGUUCCUGGAUGCAUCGCCAUCUUUGAUGUGGCGGUUGGUGCAGAUCUGGGGGGGGGGGGCGUGUGGCUGUGGUUGGCUGGCCGGCCCGCUGUUGUUGUUUUGUCUCAGGGGGACAGAGGAUGUUGAUCACAGAACGUUACAUCGGUGUUAAGCGGCGGGUGUAAGCAGUAUGUUACGGACAUAGGUUUGCUAGAUGGGAUGUUGGAGGGGGCUUGUCGUCCAGUUUACGUUGUAGGAAGCAAAGGCUGAAGUCGUUCUCGGUUUGUAAAGGAUCCGAAAGAUCGACGGUGAUGCAUCAAGGAUUUCGAUCCCGAAUCGAUUGACUAAAUCGGGUAGGUAGAGGUAGACUACAUAUGUCCACUACAUAGAUGUCUCGGUAGU